CCAAACAACAACAAUAAUAAGACGACGACUUGAUUGUGUACAGUGUGUAUACCAUCUGUUGCUGCUGUACCAUCUGAUGCUGUGCCACCAGCUGGUACAUCACCGGCUUUUACUGUACCACCUGCACCCACCCCACCUGCUGCACCACCUGGAGUUUACCUGGAGAGAGUUCCGGGGUCAACGCCCCCGCGGCCCGGUCUGUGACCAGGCCUUCUGGUGGAUCAGAGCCUGAUCAACCAGGCUGUUACUGCUGGCUGCAUGCAAUCCAACGUACGAGCCACAGCCCGGCUGGUCAACAACCAAUAAAAAAUACACAUUAAUUGAGGUCAACCUGAUAGCAGAAGUUGGUACUUGUAGUACCACUACUUCUGGUCAUCCUGGUAGCAGAGGUUGGUACUUGUAGUACCACUGCUUCUGGUCAUCCUGGUAGCAGAGGUUGGUACUUGCAGUGCCAAUACUUCUGGUCAUCAUGAUAGCUGAGGUUGGUACUUGUAGUGCCAUUACUUCUGGUCAUCCUGGUAGCAGAGGUUGGUACUUGUAGUACCACUACUUCUGGUCAUCCUGGUAGCAGAGGUUGGAACUUGUAGUACCAAUACUUCUGGUCAUCCUAGUAGCAGAGGUUGGUACUUGUAGUACCAAUACUUCUCGUCAUCCUGGUAGCAGAGGUUGGAACUUGUAGUACCAAUACUUCUCGUCAUCCUGGUAGCAGAGGUUGGAACUUGUAGUACCAAUACUUCUGGUCAUCCUAGUAGCAGAGGUUGGUACUUGUAGUACCAAUACUUCUCGUCAUCCUGGUAGCAGAGGAGUUACAGUUUUAGUGUCAAUUUUUGUCAUGAUAAGGCUCCUGUUAUUGUCAAAUACUGAAAUAUAUAGUGACAACACUAUUUUUGUACAGUGUUAGAAAUAUAUAGUGACAACACUGUAUUACUACAGUGUUAGUAAUAUAACAGUGUUAGAAAUAUAACAUUUACACUGAAAACAUAAAUAUUAAAUGUUACCUUAGCAUACAACUGUUAAACAUCAACUUAACAUCCUAAUGUUUUGACACUCAUCAUUUUGUUCUGCUCAACAUUAUCUCUUGAUUUUAUUAUGAAAAUUUUCAUAUUUUUUGUUACUAAACUGUUGUGAAAAUUUUAGCAAGAAACAUUGAAAUUCAUGAACAGUGCUAGAGAAGCCUACAAGGUAAGUAGUUAUUGGCUUGUGAACUGCUUGUCUGAUCCAAGGAGUUGGAGAUAUCCUCCAAUUAUUGCAAACAUCUUCCCCAUUCUUCAAGCAGUAUUUAAACCUUACUGGUUUAGUGCUUGACCAUGUUUAUAAUAAUAGUGUAUUAGAGAAACAUUCUUUUUAGUAUAUUGAAGUGCAUCUGGUUAAGCACUUUAUAAUUAAUUUAUAAGAUUAGUAACUGUUUUACUGCAUAUUACAUAGAUCUACAUUAUUGACCCCCAUGUAACUUGUGUAGAUCUAUGUUAUUGACCCCUAUGUAACCUGUGUAGAUCUAUGUUAUUGACCCCCAUGUAGCCUGUGUAGAUCUAUGUGAUUGACCCCCAUAUAACCUGUGUAGAUCUAUGUUAUUGACCCCCAUGUAACCUGUGUAGAUCUAUGUUAUUGACCCCCAUGUAACCUGUGUAGAUCUUUGUUACUGACAACAAUGUCACUCAUGUAGUGCUAUGUUUUAAGCACAGCAUCCUCACAUAUGUUGUUAGUAGUAAAUUUUGUUCUAGUCAUAUAAGAGUGGGUCUGUGCAGUGAGUGUGUGCACCAUAAAAUAAAUCCUACCCCAUGCAGUGCAUGAGAAAUGAAAACCUUUGACUUUGUGUUUGGUUUAAAAUAGUGACUGUGAUGUGUUUUCUAGGAUGCUUUUUUUAUGGCUGUUUCUUUGUAUCAGUUGAUAAAAUAGACAUCAUACUCGGUGGUGGCUUGUAGCGCCUGUAAUAACUAUACUAUUGUACUGCAUCAGACUUCUGUUUUUAAUCAUUUUUAUCUCAUUUCAACAAAAAAAUAAAAAAUCGCUCAUAAAUAUAUUGAAAAUAACACACAACAGAUUUUUUCCUGCAAUAUAUUUGUCAGUUGCCAAUUUUUUUUGUGUAAGGUUGAUGGAGUCAUACAUCUGGCAGUGAGCAUCUGGGGAGACUGCAGCUCUGCAGCUCCUAUGGACGAGCCACCACUAGUCAUACUGCUGACAUGGAUAAUUUGGUCAAUUUCAGGACUGGAAGUAUCUUGAAAUAUUAAAAUUUUGACAAUUUUCUUGAGGAAGGGAAAGUCCCCCAUUUCCCCCUCAUCUUUUUUUUGUGUAUUUUUUUACUAAUUCUGCUUUGGUUAUUGGGAUGACGUAAACCAUGACAAUCCUGGUUAUUUUUUGUUAUAAAAAAUGGGGUAAAACUUUGAUUUUGUUUGUGGUGAUUGAUUCAAAGUAGAGUGAAGGUGUAAUAUACUAGAGGCGUGAGGAUAUGAAUAAUGAACAGAAGAUAGGUUACUUUAGUUGCUGUAAUGCAUACUGUGUUUAUUUUUUGUUUUCAAAUUGGAAUUUGUUGUUUUUUCUGUAAAAUUAAUUACUAACCAUUGUGCACAUUUGCUGGAGCUAAAAAGCUAAGAAUUUGUUCAAAAUGAGCAAUGGAAUUGGCCUAAUAUUGGACACAAAGUGGGUAAAAUUGCCGAUGCAUAAAUUAUGUUCAGAUUGCCAACUUGAGCCUCUGAAAUUCCAUAAUUCAGCAUCAUAUUUCAUGUUUUUGUCAUUACCUUAAGAAAAAAAAACUAUCAUUCUAAAGGAUUUUUUUUUUUUCAUGGAAAGAUCCUGAUGCUGUCAGCACUUUUAAUUUUGGGGGUCCUGAUAGUGAAAGUGUUAAGUUAUUGCUCAUUAUGUCUAAACUACUUGAAAAAGAAUGUGUUCAACCAACACACAUUACAGUUGAUGCAGAAGACAAACUAUAUCAAUAUUCACAUUCCUCACAAAAAUCUCAGUGUGUAUCUUUGAUAACAGUUAAUGAAGGCAAAAAAACAGUUCAAUGUUUAUUGUGUUUGAAAGAAUUUUCUGAAAAAAAAUUUUUAAUAACACACAUAAAAAUUCAUACCAGAGAGAAACAGUAUCAGUGUUCAGAGUGUCUAAAAGAGUUUACCAGUAAAUCUAGUUUAGUAAAACACUUGAGAAUUCAUUCUGGAGUGAAACCACAUCGGUGUUCAGAGUGUCUAGAACAGUUUUCAGAAAAAUCUAGUUUAGUAAAACACAUGAGAAUUCAUAUCAGAGAGAAACCACAUCAAUGUUCAGAGUGUCUAAAAGAGUUUUCCAUGAAAUCUCAUUUAGUAGAACACAUGAGAAUUCAUACUGGAGAGAAACCAUAUCAAUGUUCAAAGUGUCUUAAAGAGUUUUCACAAAAAUCUAAUUUAGCACAACACAUGAGAGUUCAUUCUGGAGAGAAACCAUAUCCAUGUUCAGAGUGUCUAAAAGAGUUUACCAGUAAAUCUAGUUUAGUAAAACACAUGAGAAUUCAUACUGGAGAGAAACCUUAUCAAUGUUCAGAGUGUUUAAAAGAGUUUUCCAUGAAAUCUUAUAUAAUAGAACACAUGAGAAUUCACACAGGAGAGAAACCACAUCAAUGUUCAGAGUGUCUAAAAGAGUUUUCCAUGAAAUCUCAUUUAGUAGAACACAUGAGAAUUCAUACUGGAGAGAAACCAUAUCAAUGUUCAGAGUGUCUAAAAAAUUUAGCUAGAAAAUCAAGUUUAGUAAAACACAUGAGAAUUCAUACAGGAGAAAAACCAUAUCAGUGUUCAGAGUGUCUUAAAAAUUUUUCUAGAAAAUCUAGUUAG